GUUCUUUUGAGGCCGGCCCGGGCCAAUCGGCGCAAGUCCCCAACUUGGCCGCUGCCAGCCACGUCCUCGCUCGUCCUCGUCCUCGAGCGACGGCCGCCGGCGUCGGAACAACCCAACUCUACCUGCAAAUAGCACACCACCACGCAGCAUGGCCGCUGUCGUCACAGCCACCGACCCUCUGAAAAUAGCUUGCGAAACCACGCCCAUGACACACGAGCGCAAGCCCCGGGCAGGCCGACCGCGCCGCAAGCCCGCCGCCGAGCGCACCAACCAAGCCGACGCCGGCCUCGCAACCGACCUGGCGGCGCUCAAGGUGUCGCCGACGUCGUCGACAUCAACAGCGUCCUCGACGGGCUCGACUUCAACCUCAUCCAAGAAGGCGGGCAAGAAGCGUCCGCCCAAAGCCAAGGCGAGUGCCGACGACGCGCCGCCCGUCGCACGCGCCCUCGACGCCAACGAGAUGAUGCUCAUGCAGUCGCUCAUGGGCAGCUUCGGCGCCAGCAACAACAACAAUCACAACAACCACAGCACGGACGACGAGCAGCCAAUGGCCCUUGAAGCUAAGGCCAAGCCGUCCAACAAGAAGGCGUCCAAGGCGUCGUCCGAUCCUGUCGACAAGCGCGAUUUUCUCUUUAGCGGUCUCCCGGUCGCCGUGCGCAGCCAGCUGCAGCUCGACGACGUGGCCCAGUACAGCGUCACGGACAUGAAGACGGCCGCGCGCAUCUCGCACUUCAUCAUGACGCUCCCGGGCUUGACGCCCAACAGCGUCAUCACGGACGCGACCGCAUGCGUCGGCGGCAACACGGCGUCGUUCUGCACGUUCUUUCGCUACGUGCAGGCCGUCGAGAUUGACCCGACGCGCUUCCGCAUGCUCGUGCACAACAUGCACGGCGUGCUCACCUUUGUCAACAUCCAGUGCUACUGCGCCAGUUACGUGGACGUGGCGGAGCAAUUUCUCCAAGACGUGGUCUUCAUCGACCCGCCGUGGGGUGGCCCCGAGUACCGCUCGCGGUCGACAGUCGACUUGCACCUCGGUGAGACGCCGCUCGCCGACCUCUGCGAACGCCUCGUCGGUCGCACGCAGUAUGUGGUCAUCAAGGUGCCGCAGAACUUCGACAUUGAGCGCUUCACGUACCGCGUCUCGGGCACCGUGAGCUACAUCACUCACUUUCGCAAGAUGGCCAUGGUCGUGCUCGACUACCGGUUCGUCACGCCCAAUGGCGCUGACGAUCUUAGCAGCAAGACGGUGCCGGGCGACGACGAUGGCAGCAACAACAACUCGGUCGACGUCGAGGACAACAACUCGGUCGACGUCAAAGACGCAGCGGACGCUCCGCAUGACACGUAGCAGGACGUUUAUAAUGAAAACACGAAUGACCAUAUCACGAAA